CUCUGACCUUAUCCCCCAUCGCAUCUUCUAUAUCUCGGCGAGCCUCGGCUGUCUUCAUAUUGCUGAUAAUAACAUACCUUUUGUCCGCUCAAUUCCGGCCGUCGAUUAUAUCACACAAACGCUUUUCACCAUGUCCGGAGUCUUGAAACCGGAGAAGGACUUCUCCAAAGAUGCUGACAAGCUGAUCCCCGAAGCUGAGCAGCUUGCAAAGACGGAUGUACAAGGUGCGAUUGACAAGCUGCUACUGUUGGAAAAACAAGCAAGACAGUCAUCCGAUUUGCCUACCACUUCUCGAUUACUCGUAACUAUCGUCACAAUCAGCAAGAACACUGGUGACUGGAACCUGCUCAAUGACCAAGUCCUCCUUCUUUCCAAGAAACACGGCCAGCUCAAGCAAGCUAUUUCGAGGAUGGUGCAGACCGUGAUGAGUUUCUUGGACGAGACCCCGAAUAUGGAGACCAAACUAUCAGUUAUCCAAACCUUGCGGACUGUCACGGAGGGAAAGAUCUUUGUCGAAGUCGAGAGAGCUCGUGUCACACGCAUUCUGUCUCAGAUCAAGAAGUCCCAGGGUGAUCUGAACGCCGCCGCCGAUAUUCUUUGCGAACUCCAAGUCGAGACAUUUGGAUCGAUGACGAGAAGGGAGAAGACCGAAUUCAUCCUAGAACAAGUCGCACUCUGCAUUGAGCGUGGCGAUUGGACGCAAGCGACAGUUCUUAGCCGGAAGAUCAAUAAACGAUACUUCGCCCGAAAGCCCAAGAAGAGCGCUGAGGAGAUUGAGAAGCUCAAGAAGGAGGCUGAGGAAAGAGAAAAGACCCGCGCACCGGACGAGGCUCCUAUGGAAGUGGACGACGACGUCACGGACCUGAAGCUUCGUUAUUACGAACAGCAGAUCAUUCUUGCCAACCAUGACUACAAAUACCUGGAUGUUUGCAAACACUACAGAGAGGUGCUUGAUACGGAUUCGGUACAAGAGAAUCCCGAACAGCUACGAGCGGUCCUUGCGCGCAUUGUAUACUACAUCGUACUAUCGCCUUACGACAACGAGCAAUCUGAUUUACUGCACCGCAUUCAACAGGACACUAGACUCUCCGCUGUUCCUGUUGAAUCUCGUCUGGUGAAGCUCUUUACUGUCCCCGAACUUAUGCGCUGGCCCAUUGUUGCGGAGCAAUUUGGUCCUCAUCUGUGCAACACUGAUGUUUUCAGCCCUAAGCCGAGUCAGUCUGCCGAAGACCGGCCAUACAGAAGAUGGCAAGACCUUCGCAAGCGUGUCAUUGAACAUAAUGUGCGAGUGGUGGCAAAAUACUACACUCGCAUUGAGAUGGGCCGGUUGACUCAGUUACUGGACCUUACCGAGGAAGAAACAGAGAAGUACAUCAGUGAACUGGUUACAUCGAAGACUAUCUACGCAAAGAUUGACCGACCAGCACGGCUGGUCAAUUUCGCCAAGCCUCGCGAUGCUGACGAUGUGCUAAAUGAGUGGAGCAGCGACAUGAGGAGCCUUUUGGGCCUACUGGAGCGCAUCGACCACCUUAUUACCAAAGAAGAGAUGAUGGCCCGUAUUUUGCCCACCCGGGAAAAGGCGAAGGCUCGUUGAUUAACUUCGAAAGAACACCAACACGACGGAGGGAGAUGCGUAAACGGGUGUAAAGUACAUCUUUACAAUAGUAGGAUUGCUAAUCCGCAUGACCAAUGCUCACUAUU